AUGGGUAAUACUCUGGUUAUCCUCAUUAUCCGCCUAGACCUCCGCCUCCACUCCCCCAUGUACUAUUUCCUCAAACACCUCUCCUGGUUGGAAAUUAUCAUCACCACCACUGUGACACCAAAGAUGCUCAGCAUUCUCGUUUCAGAGAAGAAGACCAUCUCCUACUUUGCAUGUGUCGUUCAACUCGCAAUAUACUUCCUUGCAGGAUCCACAGAAGUCCUCCUCCUGGGAGCAAUGUCUGUGGACCGCUACCUAGCCAUUUGCAACCCAUUGCGCUACACAGCCAUCAUGAGUCACCAGGUCUGUUUACUGAUGGUGCUUUUCUGCUGGUUCAUUAGUUUUGGUUGUAUUGUAGUUGGAGGAGUUUUCGCAAACGGAGUGCCUUACUGUGGCUCCAAUGUCAUUGAUCAUUUCUUCUGUGACACAGGACCCUUGGCAAAGUUGCUGUGUAGAGAUAACAGCCUCAUUCAAGCUAUAGAAUUUGCCUCAUCAUGUUUUACAUUGCUUUCCUCUGUGUCUGUCACCACCAUCUCUUAUAUCUGCAUCAUUGUAACAGUGAUGAGGACGCCUUCCGCUGGAG